GACGCUAGAAUUGGUAUCCUGGUAUCAAUAGCGACGUCGUUGUUGAAGAAGUGUUGAAUAUCUUGUCAAUAAAGAUAUGCAUGUGCUCCCUGUUCAUACCAGAUGAUCCCUCCACCCAGUCGCAGUUGUUAUAGUUGGGCAUACAUCUCAUAAAAACCCACAGCGCUCUCAUUCGAGGCACUAUCGACAAUGGAUAUCGGGGAUCCCCAUCCGGGGACUGAUUUCGAAUCCGAUAUCGAGAUUAAUUCGACAGACGGUACACCGAAGAAUCCAAGGACGCUGCCUCCUGAUUUGCCAACGUCGCUGGACGACCGAAGACAAGCGCCAGAGUACGCCGGUGAGACGGAGAUGUACGACGGAUGGCAAGGCCAAUCGCAAUUCCUGACGACACCGAUUACCGCAAAGCCGUUAUCUUUUAGCCUUGCGCUGGACGAUCACUCUCAUGAUGAAGAGCAUGAAUUACGUGCUCGCUAUGCGCAGUCAUACUACGACCGAGAGGAUGACGAUAUUACUUCGCGCCUAGAGGAUAGUGACGCUAGGCUAUUAGAAAUGUUGGCAGCGCAGGCUGCACAUCGCGAGAUGGAUUCGCUCAGUACAGACGAUGAUGAUAUAGCGCUAGAUGAUAACCUGUCAGAGGAGGAGAAGAAGAGCAUACUACAAAAAAGUCUCAAUAUGGCCGCUAGUAAUGGCGAUGUCGAAAGAGUGCGGAAACUAGUCAACGGCCGUGCUCAUAAAUAUGUGGAUGUCAAUAAACCGGACGAAGAGGGGACGGUACCUUUAAUAUAUGCGAGCUGUUUUGGCCAUCAGGAUGUCGUUUCCGCACUCCUUGACGUUGGAGCGUUCGUUGACAAGCAGGACCGUAACCAAUGGAGCGCAUUGAUGUGGGCGAUGACUAACCGGCAUAAAACUAUCGCGAAAGUCUUACUCGAUCACGGAGCUUCCCCUGACAUCAAGUCAUCUUCUGGAGGAACCGCACUUGAUUUCCUACAGCCUGGAACGGACAUUUCACAAUAUCUGCACGAUAACGGGUACAACAUAGGCCCCGUAGGAAUUGAAGAUGACUUUUAUGAUUCGGGAUUCAGCCACGGACGUUUUGAGGAGGAAAUGGCUCAGAACGAGAUGAGGCGCCGCAUGAUGAUGGAGGAGAGUGCGCUUAACCUCGAGGUUGACUUAUCAAGCCUUGGAUUGGAUGAGAAGAUUGAGGAACCCGAUGAUUUUGAGGACGAUCAACAGGAAUUCGUUUGGGACAGGUGCUUGAAUGACCAGAUGUUUGUCUUUCAAGACAAUGAGCUGGAAAAAAUCCUAGACAUAAUCAUCACAAACAUGACGCCGCAGAGGUCGCCUUCGCAGAAACCUGUACCAGCGAAUCUUCUUUUCUUAAGCGCCCGGUAUGCGCAUUAUCAUGCCAGUCCGGAGUUGCUAGCGCAACUUUUGAUGUCUGCAACAGAUAAGAUUAAUGACGUGGUUGAGCGUCACCAAUGGGAUAUGACAAUAUUAGCCUUUUGGAUAUCAAACGCGACUCUGCUCCUGCAUUACCUCAAAAAGGACCCAGGUCUCAUGGUAUCGACGGUUGAGUUUCAGUUACAUUUGGCGGAACUGAUCAAUGAGAUCUUCAUUCUCAUUAUCCGCGAUGCGGAACGUCGAAUGAAUCGUGUCUUGGACCAAGCCAUGCUUGACCAUGAGACAAUUCCCGGAUUGAGCGACGUUACCUUCCAGAAUGAAUGGAAGAUAUUCAAGUCGAAACCAAAACCCAAAGUAGAACCUCCGGAGAAACGUUUUCGUCCUCCAUCACCAAAACGCCGAGCGCAGGUUUCGCCCCGCAACAUCACAUCAUUGCUAUCCUCUACUCUAUUUGUUUUGGAUCUCUACGAUGUCCAUUCGCUAAUCACGUCACAAAUCAUCUCUCAGUUACUGUAUUGGCUUGGUGCGGAACUUUUCAAUCGCAUCAUGCUAACGAAGAAAUACCUCGCUCGUACAAAAGCAAUGCAGAUCCGCAUGAAUAUAUCUGCGCUCGAAGAGUGGGCACGGAACAAUAACAGGAAACCGGAGCAUUAUGAGAAUGGCUCGAUGACCACAACAGGAGAUACGACGGUAGAAUCUGCAAGAAAACACCUUGCUCCUGUGAUUCAACUGCUCCAGUGGCUCCAGUGCUUUUCUUCCUUGGGUGAUGACCACGAAGCUCUCAUCACAACUUUACUACAGUUACAGCAACUUACCCCGAAUCAGCUCCUCCAAGCUGCGAGAUCUUAUCGGGCAGAGGUUGGUGAGAAGGGUCUGAGCAAAAACGCAACAAGGUUCUUGGUCAAUCUACAACAUGACCCUGAUCUGUUAUACCGUGAACACGUGAAAUUACAAAAACUUGCCAUUGCGGCCUCGAAUCAAACAGCUCCAUCCGUCGAUAACGACAAUAAAUCUACUCCUCUAGCUCCGUCAAGUCCUACAAAACCUGAUCAAUCGCACCAAGACACACCCCAAACACCCACAACGGCAACACCUGCCGACCAAGAUACCAACAACCACACUGACCAUAAUAACGGCCCCUCAACGCCGCGAAGCAGUGUCUUCCUUAGUUCACCCAUCAUGUCAUCCCCCAGCUAUCACUUCUCCUCUUCUGGACCGGAUAGCUACCUCCUCGAUCCUUCCAUGACGCUUCCUUUCAUCUUACCUACGAGCACGGAUAUGCUGAUUAGCUACGGCGCUGGAUUUGGUGGUACAAAUAAGGAGAGAGCCAGAAAGUAUAUUCCGACUGUGCCUACGGAGGUUCUAAGUCGUUUUGAUAGAGUGUAAUAUCAUAAUAACCGGAUAUGUAUGAAAUGAAUAAAAGAUUUGAAGCGC